AUGUCUUUAUCAUCAAUCGCAUCAUUACCACUUUCUCGUAACCUUCCUGGCUCUCUUCGUGAAGGCCCCAACAACUGUGCAAGCAUUCAAAAUGCUGACCGCAAACAUGAGGUGCAGGCGUUUAUGAUGGCGCUCGACAGGAUCGACGAUGACGACGAUGACCAGGAUCUAUUAUUUAUUCAGCUCAGCCUUGACACUGUAUAUGCAAGUUAUGCUGCUGCACAGAACCGUGUGCAGCAGUACACUCAAUUGUUGACACUUCUGAAGUGCGAGGAAGAUCUGUGGGCACAGAGAGUCGAGAAGGCAAAAUAUGUGUUACCAGAAUACCAAUCUAGAUGGGUGUCAAACCGCCAGGAGUCUUGA